AUGUACGAUCAAUCUUGUGGGAGUUUGUCAUCAGUUUUACAAUCCUCAAACUCUGUCCUGAGAGAGCUGGAUCUGAGUAACAAUGACCUGCAUGAUUCAGGAGUGAAGUUGCUUUCUGAAGGUCUGAAGAGUCCAAACUCUAAGUUGGAGAUAUUGAGAGUUUUCACAUGUAAUCUCACUGAUCAGUCUUGUGGGAGUUUGUCAUCAGUUUUACAAUCAUCAAACUCUGUCCUGAGACAGCUGGACCUGAGUAACAAUGACCUGCAGGAUUCAGGAGUGAAGCUUCUUUCUGAUGGACUGAAGAGUCCAAACUGUCAGCUGGAGCUACUGAGGUUGUCCGGCUGUAUGGUGACAAAGGAGGGAUGUUGUUAUGUGUCUUCAGCUCUGACUUCAAACCCCUCACACUUGAGAGAGCUGGAUCUAAGCUAUAAUCACCCCGGAGAUUCAGGAGUCAAGCUGUUCUCUGAAAAACUGGAGGAUCCAAACUGCUCACUGGACAAAUUCAAUGUGGAUCAUGGAGGAGAAUCCAGGAUUACAACAGGACCACAGAAAUGUAUGUCUAAA